UUGCAACGUCAUCAAUACCUGUGUAGGAGGCGAAAAUGGCAGGCACUGGGCAAACUGCAACAGCUAGGAUUCAACCUAAGAAACAGACGCUUGAGGACGCAUAUUCUCCUCCUGCAAAUUUUCUAGAGAUAGAUGUAUUAGAUCCACAAACACACGGCGUAGCCAAAAAACGUUACACAGAUUAUGAAGUCAGAAUUCGGACAAAUUUACCAGUUUUUAAAGUGAAAGAAUCAAGUGUUCGGAGAAGAUACAGUGAUUUUGAAUGGUUACGAAAUGAAUUGGAGCGUGACAGUAAGAUUGUAGUACCUCCUUUGCCUGGUAAGGCCUUUAAAAGACAGCUGCCAUUCCGAGGAGAUGAUGGUAUUUUUGAGGAUGAAUUUAUAGAAGAAAGAAGAAAAGGAUUGGAAUGUUUUGUCAAUAAGGUUGCUGGUCAUCCGUUAGCGCAGAAUGAAAAAUGUCUACAUAUGUUUUUACAAGAACCAGUAAUAGACAAAAAUUAUGUUCCUGGAAAAAUCAGAACAACUUGAUUUCAAUAAAAUUCACUUCAUUUUACAAUGUUUUGAACAUUUUACUGCAUAUUUUAUUAUAACUAAAAUACAUCUGUUUCAUACAGCCACACAAAAUGUUGGCUGGCUUGAGUUAUAUUAGAUACUAUAUAAAACACAUAAAGAUGUUACUAUAAUUUAUUGUAUAUUUAGUUAACAGCUUUGUUGUGAAAACUGUUGAUGAUUUGAACAUGUGACAGUUCUUGCUAUUCAAAGUUAAUUUUGUGUUGGCAAGUUUAAAAAGAAAAGGGAACUUAAAUUUUUCACCGGAUGCAGAAAUUUUUUAAAGUUCAUGAAUAAAAUCUGUAUUGCAUACUGAAUACUAAUAUUAAAAUGAAUGAAAUGUUAAAAGUAGUGUUUUUUUUUAAUUGGACAGCAUUGGCCAAUGUAUAAAUUAACAAUAUUUUGAAAUUAGGCAUAAAAUAAGAUGGCACCACAUGGCAAAUUAUGAAUUUUAAAGGUUUUUUUUGUAUCUAUAUAAGGGGAUGGGGGAUAGGCUUUUUAUGUCUGUUAACUUUACAUGUAGUUGUCUAAAAAAGGGAAAAACACUGGACAUGGUUCUGCAUUAACAUGUUUGCUACACAUGUAUGUCUUGAUACUUUUUUAUAAUAAAAAAGUAAACUAAAAAUUCAUUUUAAAAGAUAGUUAGCAUUGGUAUACAAAUGUACAUGUAUUAUUGUUAAAGUGCAUUGCAGAAAUUGCGAUUAUAAUGACAAUGUUCAAAUAUUUAAAUUGAAACUUCAUAAUUUAAUUUGAUUUUGCUUCAUAAAAAUGGGCAUUUUUUUAAAAUUUGAAAUAUGUUGAUGAUUGUGUUCUUCAAUGUGGUGGAGCCUUUAUCAAAAUUACAUUCUGUUGAUGUUUAGUGAACAAACUUAAAACUAAGAUGAACUUUUUUAUGAACUACAAUGUAUUGUUAUAUAACUUUUAUUAUAACUUCAGAGUAAAGAUUUUUAAUUUAUAAAGAGGUAACAUUUUCUUAUUGAUAAAAGUGUAUUUGAUUCUGUCAUUAAGAAUUAAAAUGUAAGAAAAGGGGCGGUGAAAUUGAUUUAUUGAUAAAUGAUGAUUAGGAAAAUAUCACACAUUUUAUCAUGGGUAGCUAAACCGUCUAAAUCUCUAAAAUGAACUUGUCCAUCUGUCAAUCUGGACUUAACCAUUAAUAGCUUUUUAGGGAAAAUCUUUACUGGCUGCCUGCUGAUCGUGGUCUUAAUUGAUCAGUUUAGUAGAUUCCACAUUCAGGCUUAGAGUUAAGCAGGAAAGUUUGCAUGUUGCGAUGAAAGUAUUGUUAACAAGAAAUUCUCACCGUAAAACUGUCAACAGGAAAGUCUUGCUUUGAAGCAAUAAACAGAAAAAAAGCAUUUUUUUAAACUUAUUGGAUUGUUUCUGUUAAUAAGAUUGUAUAUGCAAUAAACGGAUUUGAAUUUUUUUAAAGUAGAUAUUUUUUUUCCUUUUUCUGCAGCCUUAGGUAAUAUGUUAAACACAAAUGAAUAUUCUUUUGUUUUUGUAGAAAGUUUGGUGAAAAAUGAACAAGAUUUGAAUUGGUUCUGUGAUAAAAGAGGCUAUUUUUAAAAUUUACCAUGGAACAUUAAUUAAAAUGUACAUAUAUUGAUAUAAAUGUAUAAAUAUUUUGCACAGUAUAAUAGAAUGAAUGUUUAUAUGUUGAAUGAGAGAGUUGAUUAAUAUAUUGUAUUAAUGAUGAAUGGAUGUUGUUAUAAUUUUGGUGCCAUUUUGAUACAAAUAAGAAUUUGAAAAGUCAGCAACAAUAUCACAAGAACUGAAUACCAACAUAUAACAAAAUAGACACUAAAGUUCUAUCAGUGUUAACAAGCUAAUCAAACAACUUUUUGUUGUGAUUGAUUUAUGGAAAGUGUGUAUAUUCUUAAAGUUUGGGCCUUUCUGGUUGAAUUGUUAAAUUUUUACCUGUAAUCAUUUGGUCUUCACUUUUACUUGUCGGUAGUCCUUGGAUAUAAAAUUCUUUUGUAUGAGGAAUAUAUCCAGUUAUUUUACAGUGCAGAUAGUUUAUCUAAGGAGCUUGUCCGAAAUCAUGCCACAAUUGAGCAUCAAGGGUCUUUUUACAUCAGAUCUGAGCUCUAUGUACACCAGAACUGAGCUAUAUGUACACCAGAACUGAGCUAUAUGUACACCAGAACUGAGCUCUAUGUACACCAGAACUUGGGUUCACCAGAUAAAAGUGGAUAGCGGUUCUAUGGAUUUACUAUAGCUUAAAGCUUGACACAAUAAAUGUCCUGUAAUUUUGGUGUAAUUAUUAUAAAGUAAAACUUUGUGCUAGAUGCUGACACUACAUCAUGUACUUAAAAUGGUUUGAGGUUGUCUCUACAUAUUAAAAUUGUUUAUACUUGUUUUAUAUAUAAAUGAAGUGAAGAUAUCAUUUUGCUGCUGAUUAAAAAAAAUAAAUGUGUUUUUGAGGACUACCCUCACAUAGCAAAAAUUAUAACCAUUUCUAUGUUUUAUGGAAAGCAGAAACUGUAAUAAUUACACUGAAUUAUUUAUUGUUACUUUGUUGUUGAUUUCAAUGUUUUAGUCAUUAUUUUGAUUUUGUCUGUGAUUGGGCCAUUAGAACACAUACAUAUACUAGUUUAAAUAUAAUAUUCAUUUUCUUGUCUAUAAGCAGAAUAUUUGUAUGGAAAUAAGUAUAUGUGUUCUCUUUAUAAUAACCUUUAUAUUUUGUAAUUGUUUCUUGUGAUGUUGAUUCAGUGUUAAUUGGUUGAUGUCUAAUACUCAUGAAGGGGGGUAAUAUUUUUAUGUGUUGUACCACGCUGAAAACUCAUGGUAAAUAUGCAGAAAUAACACCGUUUUCUUUCUUAUGACUCCAACCCAAUCGCAUGCAUACAUGUAUGUUUUAUAUUGUAGGGUUUAUUUUUAUAAAAGAUAUUAGUUAAAAUAAAGAAAGCUUGCAUCUAUAAAGGCCAAAACUUGUUAGAUCAUUAGAAAUUUGUUAGAAAUUUUUCAGUUUACUAGGAAAAAAAAACCAAAAACACAUUGGUUAUAUAAGUGUACUUUUUUUGAAGAUUUUCUAUUUAUUGAUGUUACAAUAUAUGAACAGAUUGACUUGGCAUUUGCAUUAUUUAGAAUAUAACUUAGAAGUAACCUUUUCUUUGCCAAGUUGGGUGGUAUUAGCAGGUCAGACGAUGACAAAUCAAAAGGUAAAAGUAUUUUUGAGAUGUGUUUUAGAAUAAUUCUUCAGAAGCUGAUAGACCAUUAGACUUGCUUCUCCACAUGUAGUGUUCUUUGCUUUUCUACAAUUACUUAUACCUUAUGUUAUUAAGCCUGUCAUAUUUUGAAUUUAAGACUUUUUAAAGAUUAACAAAUUAGUACAACCAUUUAAUAUUGAAAGUAAAGGGUUGUUAUGUCAAAUUCUUAACUAGAAACUCAGUCAAAAUAAAAUGUUAAGAGAAGCUUUAAGUGAUAUAAGUUACAAAUUUUAACAUAAUGUCUGUUGUAAAUAAACAUAUACGUAAAUUCUA